UCUCGUAUUCGUGCACAUAAAACCAGAAAAAUUAGAAAGAGACUACUGUGAUUUAGAGAUAGAAAAAAUGGCAACAGCUCAAGCUUCAAGCUUCAUGUUUUCUCACAGGAGAGUAGACGUUAGAGCCACAAUGAAUGCACCAGAUUUCCGUUUGAGUUUGAAUCAUCUUUCUCUUCCAAAGCUUCCAAAUAAUACCCAUUUGGAGAAACAGUCCAGAUCCAAUAUCAGUAUUACGAAUAACUCUGCAAGAGUUAGAGUGGAUAGUUCUGAUUCAGGAGUGAUUUCUAAGCUUUAUGAAAUCAUGGAGGCUGUAGCUGAUAGAGUUGAGAUGCAUAAGAAUAUUGGAGAGCAAAGGAACAACUGGAACCAUCUGCUUUUAUCAUCCAUUAAUGCAAUCACUCUCGCUGCUUCUUUGAUGACAGGAAUUGCAGCCACAGGUGGUGUAGAUGGCUCGGGUUUUUCGGCUUUCAAGCUUUCUUCCAUCAUUCUUUAUGGCGCGGCCACUGGCAUGUUAGUGAUGAUGAACACUAUUCAACCAUCUCAGCUCGCUGAAGAACAAAGAAAUGCGGCCAGAUUGUACAAGCAGCUUCACGGAGAGCUUCAAACAGUCGUGGCUCUAGGCAACCCAACUGUCGUUGAUGUGAAUGACGCCAUGGAGAAAGUUUUGGCGCUUGACAAGUCAUUCCCUCUUCCUUUACUCGGCAACAAAAUGAUCGAAAAGUUCCCUUCCAGUGUUAAGCCUUCAGUGUGGUGGCCUCAACAAAGGCGAAAGCAAUGGCUUGAAGGGAAGAUAAAUGGGAAUGCUUGGAGUUCAAAGCUGGAAGAAGAAAUGAGAAACAUUGUUGAGGUUUUGCAAAGGAAAGAUUUGGAUGAUUACUUAAAGUUGGGUAACCAAGCUUUGAAACUGAACAAAAUGUUGGCGAUUUCUGGUCCUGUGUUGACCGGACUUGCAGCCAUUGGUUCAGCCUUUGUGGGCAAUAGUAGCUCUCUUGGUUCGUGGGGUGUACUGGUGGGAGUUAUUGGCGGAGCCAUGGCAAGUGUCAUAAACGCAUUCGAGCACGGUGGGCAAGUUGGGAUGGUGUUUGAGAUGUACCGUGGCAAUGCCGGUUUCUUCAAGCUUAUGGAAGAGACUAUAGAGUCGAAUAUCGGUGAGAGGGAUGCUGAGAGAAGAGAAAAUGGAGAAUUGUUGGAAAUGAAGGUUGCUCUGCAAUUGGGAAGAAGCUUAUCAGAUCUCAGGAAUCUUGCAGCAUCAUCUUCAAAUAAUGGUACUCACGAGGCCACUGAAGAAUUUGCAAGCAAGCUCUUUUGAUGGAUGCUUUUGCUAAAUUAGUAUAGUUGUAUAUAACAUUAUGACAACUUAACAGUUUUGUUUAUAAUUAAGUGAC